UGCAAACCUUCCGUUCCCGGUAUAUUCGGCUUCAUACCUUCACAAAUAUUAAACUUCAAUGCGUUUCGUGACAAUUCUCAGAUCCGAUAACGCUGAUUUAAGUUUGUGCACCUCUUCAAGCUAACAGCCUAAUCCAAACGAAUCCUAAUCUUUAACCGGAGUAUUUUAUUUGUGUAAAUUAGGCUCGUUAUGGACCCACUAACAGCAUUCGGAUUAGCAUCCAAUGUGGCUCAAUUCUGCACUGUCGCAACCAGCUUGGUUUCCGGUGCAAAGGACAUAUACAACUCCGCCAGUGGUGCUAGCCGUUACAUCUUGAAUAUCGAGGACGUCUACGAACGACUUCGAGUAUUAAGUACCGUUUUCGAAGAAUCUAUCAACAAGAAUCCCAACCCACAACUAGCAGCAAGCGACCGCGAUCCGAACGCCAAAAACCUUGAAGCGGAAUGGAAAUCUGGGAUUAAAGAUCUACUGCUUUCAUGUAGAGCCGACUGCAAGAUGCUAUUGGAAAUCACUCAGAAGUUGAAAAUUGAUCCCGGAUUGAGUUCAAGAUCCAAAUGGCAAGCUCUUAAGGUAGCCUUGCAGACCGUGUGGAAGAAAAAUAAUAUCGAAGAGCUCGAGAAGAGAUUGGCUACAAAUCAAGGGGCACUUACGGUCUAUGUUUGUUCACUGACAAAUCAUUUACAGCGUAGUUUACUCUCAGAAGUUGCGACUUUGCAACGCGAUAUUCGACAGCUGGAUUCGAAGCAUGCAGCUCGACUCGAUAAUAUGUCACACGCAAUCAAUAACAUUGCAGCUCACCUCCCAGCAAUACAAAAUGCCCCACAAAAUAGCAUUAGUCUCGAGAAAGAAAUCGAUUCCCUAAGGGGUGGGAUAAACAAGCUUACCCUAUCAAGACAAGACAUAUCGAAAGAGCUAGCGAUACUUAGAACUCUACGCUACGACAGUCGUUCAGCUCGCUUUGCUUCAAUACCCACUGCCCAUAGAAGAACUUUCGGCUGGGCUCUCCAGAACCGGAGCUAUCAGGAACAUUUGUCAAAGAAGGGCGAUUUGAUAGGAUGGCUUAGAGAGGCAGAUUCCGUGUUUUGGAUAUCAGGGAAACCUGGAUCUGGCAAAUCGACACUCAUGAAAUUUCUGGUUGGCCACCGAAACACCCUUGCAGCCUUAUCAGAAUGGUCUUAUCCAAAACCGGUUGUGAUCGCUCAUCACUUUUUCUGGAGUCCUGGGACACCAAUGCAGAAGUCUCUACAAGGUCUUCUACAGUCCCUACUGUUCGACAUCUUCCGGCAAACCCCCGAACUCAUACGUAUUACUUGCCCAGAUCGGUGGCUGAAUUUCCGGAAUCAGAAUUUAGAAUGGUCCUACGGGGCAGAGUGGCAGCUCGCCGAGCUCAAUGUAGCACUGCAGACCUUGGCCUCUCAAGAAGCGCUUUCAUCCAAAUUCUGCUUCUUCAUCGAUGGCCUCGACGAGUACAGCGGAGAUUAUACGGACUUCUGCAAAACUUUGAAAAACCUCUCCAAUUCGCCCCACAUCAAGAUCUGUGUUUCAAGCCGGCCUUGGAACGUUUUUGAAGACGCAUUUGGCCGAGAUUCUUCAACUAAACUCUACAUCCACGAAUUGACAAGAAAUGAUAUCCGAUUCUACACUAAGAGUCGCUUGAGCGAUCAUCCAAGGUGGGCAAAUUUGGAUAUCAUUGACGGUAACGAUCAAUCCUUGAUCGAAUCAAUAUGUGAUAGGGCUUCAGGCGUCUUUCUUUGGGUUGUGCUAGUGGUACAGUUGCUUCGAAACGGCCUAAACGAGCAUGACAGCCUCUCAGAUUUGUGGAAAAGGCUGGAUAGCAUCCCACUGGACCUGGAACCAUUUUUCAAGCAAAUUCUUGACUCAGUCGAGCCAUUCUAUCAUCAAAAAAUGGCAACCACGUUGAUGAUAGCAGUUACAAGCGGACAACCCCUUCCUAAUGCCAUUUAUCACUUUCACAAUAUUGAAUACGACGACAAGGACUAUGCAUUGAAAUUGCCGACCAAAGCACUCAGCUCGAUCGCUUGGGGUGCCAUAGAGACUAAGGUAAAUCGACAGCUGAAAGCUCGCUCUCGUGGCCUCCUCGAGGUCAACAGUCACAACAGAAAUGUCGAGUUUCUGCAUCGAACAGUUAUGGAUUUCUUAAAAUCCCCAGACAUGUAUGUUUAUCUUACCUCAAAAGCACCAUCUUCAUACGAUGCCUACCUAGCUUUAUUAAAAGCAUGUACCGCAUAUCUGAAAAGGACGAAAUUCUACGCAAUUCCUUCGUUCCAGAACUCCGGAGGCACUGGUAUUCUAGAACAAGCUCUGGAAUAUGCAAAACACUCCGCAAGUCAGCAUGACGCCAAUGAAAUGGUUGCAGAGCUAGAGCGAUGUUUUCCGACUCUCAUCACGACCACUGAGUCUGGGGAAAAGGUGGCCCGUUUCUACCAGCUAGACGAUAUGGACGGGGCUAGUCUUGAGGACCGUGUGGAGCCUUUUGCUUCCACUUCCAAUGAUAGGAAUCUGGAAGCGGAUUUUGGAUCAAUCACUGAUUUUUCUUGGAUGGAAGAUUGA